AUGAAUGCUGAAGAACCAUUGCUUACAGGAGCACAUCGUCAUGAACAAUAUGACUCUUUGGCACAAAAGCAAAGUUCGCAAAAACCUGAAGACGAUAUUACACCAAAGUCAGAAUUACGGUUUGUCCUUCGUUCUUCAGGUCCUUUAGUCAUUACAUUUUUCUUACAAUAUCUCCUUUCGGUGACAACAAUAUUCUCUGCUGGUAAGCUAGGACCAAAAGAGUUAGCAGCUGCAUCAUUAGCCGUUUGUACGUUCAACAUCACGGGAUUAGCAGUGUACCAGGGAAUGGCCACAAGUCUUGAUUCUUUUUGUUCUCAAGCAUAUGGUUCAGGAAAGUUGCAUAACGUCGGUUUAUAUUUCCAAAGAUGCUCUAUGAUGAUGAUGGCACUUACCCUCUUUCCAUUGGUUUUUAUUUGGUGGCAUUCAGGUGUGCUUUUAGAAUUUUUGGUACCAGACCCAGAACUAGCACAUUUAACUCAGACAUACUUAAGAAUAAAUGCCCUUGGAGCUCCGGGAUUAAUACUAUUCGAGACUAGCAAAAGAUUUUUACAAGCCCAACAUUGCUUUAACGCAGGAACAUGGGUAUUGCUAGUUGCAACACCACUUAACUUUGUUUUGAACUGGAUAUUAGUUUGGCAUCCUACCUAUGGUUUAGGAUUCGUAGGAGCCCCGUUGGCAGUUUCAAUUAUAUACUGGCUCAUUUCGUUCAUGAUGUUAGCCUAUGUCUUGUUUGUUGAUGGGAAGAAAUGCUGGGGUGGACUUCAAUUAUAUAAAGCAUGUAAUAAUUGGUCACCAAUGCUCAAAUUGGCUUUACCUGGUGUUAUAAUGGUUGAAGCAGAAUACUUAGCAUUUGAGGUUUUAACUAUAUUUGCAGCUUCUUUCGGUACAAAUGCAUUAGCAGCCCAAUCUAUUGCAUCGAAUGCAGGAGCUUUAGCGUUCCAAUUACCCUUUGCUGUUGCCGUUGCUAUUUCAACCAGAAUUGGACAUUUUGUGGGAAUGAAACAUAUUUCUGCAGCAAAGUUAGUGACCCGUAUAACUGUUGUAUUAUCAGCUUAUAUUGCCGCUAUUAAUUUUUCAUUCAUAUUUUUCGGUAGGCAUCUUUUAGGCAAAUUAUUCACAUCAUCCAAGGACGUAUUGAAAAUCAGUGAUAAAAUCUUAAUUUUGGUCGCCAUAAACCAAAUUGCUGAUUCCUUUAAUAUCUUGGGUGCUGGUAUCUUACGGGGUCAAAGUAGACAAAGUAUCGGCUCGAUUUUAAAUAUGAUAUCAUAUUAUGUGAUCGCAUUACCAAUAGGAUAUGCAUUAGCAUUUAAAUUCGACUAUGGAUUGUUUGGCUUAUGGACUGGCUUAAUUUUAGGUGUCUUGUUUCUAGCUAUUACAGAAUUUAUAUGUAUGUGCCGUAGUAAUUGGUUACAGAUAUUGGAAGAAUCAAAUGGCAGACAUGAUAAUUAG